UACGUUGAGGAUUUGAGGGCAAAAAAUUUAGCUGUAAGGAAGUAGAAACCGGGGAGUUAAACCCUGUUCUGUUGAAAGAGAGCCUUCCUCGUUUCAGCGCCUGACGAAACCUUCUCUCUUCCGAACACAAGAGAUUGAAAGUUCAAACGAGGAAUUUCUGUUCUUCGUAUCAAUGGCGUUUAGGCGUAGCCUUUCCAAUAGAGCAACCCUAAUAGCUAGACGAUAUCAACCAUCAUUUGCCUACGUUGUCCAUGAAGAUGACCGUAAAAAUCACCCUCUAAACGAGUCCCAAUCUCAACAAAAACCUGGUAAUUUUGUUCAACAAAGAUCUUUUGGAACUGGGUUUAGUAAUUCAUCCUCAGGGUUUGGUGUGUUGUUCCAAGAUAGAAGAUGUUCCAAACUACCUUUUCUUCCUAGCACCGGCAUCUCUUUUUGCCGGUAUAUGUCGACUACUAGUGUUGGGGAAGAUAAGAUUGAGCUUAUAAGUGAUGUUGCAGACGUUCUUAAGGAUAGUGCUUUUGAAGCAGUGGCUUCGCAGGCUCCUGCUGUGAAUGAGGUUGCCAUUGCUGCUGCUGAUUGUUGGUUGCCUGUUGCUGGUUUGCAGUAUGUUAUUGAUGCAGUUCAUUCUUUUACCGGCUUCAACUGGUGGGCUUCCAUAGUUGUGACAACACUUUUGAUUCGAGGUGUAACUCUUCCAUUUGUGAUAAAUCAACUUAAAGCUACUGCAAAAAUGACGCUAAUGAGGCCACACUUGGAGGAAAUCAAGGAGCGGAUGCAAAGCAAGGGUAUGGAUCCCCUGACAGUAGCUGAAGGUCAAAAUGAAAUGAAAAAGCUUUUCAAGGAAUAUGGUGUGACUCCUUUUACUCCAUUGAAGGGGCUCCUUAUUCAGGGGCCUAUCUUUGUCAGCUUUUUCUGGGCUGUUUCAAACAUGGCUGAGAAAAUGCCAUCAUUUAAAACUGGUGGAGCAUAUUGGUUUGCAGAUCUCAGUACUCCGGAUAGUUUAUACAUCUUUCCAGUUUUGACAGCACUGACAUUUUGGAUAACGGUUGAGAGCAACAUGCAAGAAGGUAUGGAAGGGAACCCUUCUGCUGGAAUUAUAAAAAAUGUUUCUAGGAUCUUUGCUGUUCUUACAGUUCCAUUGACCAUGACUUUCCCAAAGGCCAUAUUCUGUUAUUGGAUUACAUCAAAUUUGUUUUCCCUCACCUAUGGACUAGUGCUUAAGGCUCCUGGGGUGAAGAAGGCUUUAGGUGUUCCUGAAAUACCUAUGCCACCAGCAGGUACUGCACCACGGCCUUCUAUUGAUCUGUAUUCAGCUCUCAAACAAACUCUCAAACAAGCCAGAGCAGCAUCAGAACAGUCUACCUCAUUAUCUGUUGAACCAGCAAAAGUAUCACACCAAAAAAUAUCCUCUUCUUCGACUAUCAAUCAGAGGCUUAAACAUUUAGAGAAACAAGUAAAGGGAAGGAAGAAAAACAAGAAGAGGUGAGAAAGCUUGAACCGCCAUUAAUUUCCACAUAUGAGGCUACUGGUGUUAUAAAUAACGACUAAUAUAUAUUAAAAUUUGCUUCAUAUAUGAGUUUUGUAGGGCUCGCUGUUUGGGGCCAUAGAAACAGAAUGACAGCGAGUUAUUUUAUGCAAUUGAGUUAGAGAAUUUUCUUUUUCCCAGAAUUUGGGGGUUUUGUUUUUACUGAUGCAUUCACUGCAUACCAGUAAGAUUGGUAUUGACCGAUAUAUACCUCUUUAAUGAACAAAAUAAAUACAACUUCCAUUCAUUUUCUGUUGCAUAAACUUGUUCACGUUUGAGUGCUAUUCUCCACAAACGUGUUGGGAUGGUUUUGGCUUGCAUUUUAUGUUCAACGUCGGUUGA